UGUUUUGUUGUAUCGAGCCUCCCUUUCUUCCCUUUGUCGCACAACUGCCACGCCCUGCAUCGCGACCGUUGAGCGUAUCCUCCAACCACCUCCCGCCUCGGUCCUCCUCGACCACCGCCCGCUGUGCGCCAUGAGUGGCAGAUUCGUGCGUGCCUCCAAAUACCGGCACGUGUUUGGCCAAAAUGUCAAGCGCGAACAAUGCUAUGACAAUCUGCGCGUGUCGCGGAAUGCCUGGGACAGCAACCUGAUCAAGGCUAACCCCAAGUACAUCGCCGUCAACUGGGAGUCUGGUGGUGGAGGCGCAUUCGCCGUCAUCCCCCUGGAAGAGCGAGGGAAGCUGCCGGAUGCCAUCCCAUUGUUCCGAGGACACACGGCAGUCGUGCUGGACACGGACUGGAGUCCUUUUGACGACAACAUCAUCGCAUCCGCCUCGGACGACGGCAAGGUCUUCCUGUGGCAGGUGCCUGAAAACUUCCAGCUGCGCACGGAUGCCGAAGAGCCUGAGGAUGUAAAGCCUGUCGGCAAGCUGAGUGGGCACUCGCGAAAGGUUGGCCACGUGCUCUUCAAUCCUGCCGCCGAAAACGUCCUCGCUUCCUCCUCCGGCGACUUCACUGUCAAGAUCUGGGAUCUCGAAGAUGGCAAGUCGAAGCUCACCUUGAAGGGCAACGACAUCUUCACCUCCAUGUCAUGGAGCGCCGACGGAAGCACCUUGGUGACCACUUCAAGAGACAAGAAGCUACGCUUCUGGGAUGUGAGACAAGAGAAGCCUGCGUAUGAGGUGCCCGGACACAGCGGUGCCAAGAUUAGUAAAGUGCAGUGGAUGGGCGACCACGACAGAGUUGUGACUACAGGCUUUUCCAAGAUGAGCGAGCGACAAAUGGGUCUCUGGGACACACGCAACCCGACAACACCCAUUGGUGACUUCGUGCCACUGGACUCUGGCUCUGGUGUGGUCAUGCCAUUCUGGGAUGAUGGCUCACAGAUCCUCUACCUUGCGGGCAAGGGUGAUGGCAAUAUCCGCUACUUCGAAUAUCAAAACGACAAGUUCGAAUUCCUGUCAGAAUACAGAUCGCCAAACGCUCAGCGUGGUCUGGCUUUCAUGCCGAAGCGUGGAGUCAACACGCACGAGAAUGAGAUUACACGUGCAUUCAAGUCUGUGGACGAUGUAUACAUCGAGCCCAUCUCAUUCGUGGUGCCGAGGCGUGCAGAGACUUUCCAAGACGACAUCUAUCCACCUACGGUUGGCACAGAGCCAGCCAUGUCAAGCGGAGAGUGGUUCCAAGGCAAGAGCGCACUUCCGCCCAAGCUCAAUAUGGAGGACCUGUUCGAUGGCAACGAGCCAAAACUGGUUGCCGCAGAAGCACGACCAAGGACUGCCACGACAUCCGCCCCAGCCCCAGCGCCUGCGCCUCUUCCAAAAGCAGAGCCGGCGCCAGAACCCAAAGUGGAGCCAACUCCAGCGCCAGCUGCUGCUACACGAGAACUCCCCAGCGUGAACCAGAACAAGCAGUCAAUGGCCACCAUGGCAGACAAGUUUGCCGACAAGGACGAGGAGGAAGAAGAUGUCCGCGAUGACAGUUCUUUCGAGGAGAUCCAGAAGCCAGUGGAAAGGCCUUCUGUGAUUGCGGCACGACAGGCAGAAGCGACCAAGCCAUCUGCCACUUCUUCUGCACCAGCUCCUGAGCCAAGGGCUGAGCCGAAGAGCCUCGCAACGAAUACCGGCGAAGGCGUGCCUGCAGCAGCUGUCAAGCCAGCCUCGGAGCUCCGUGAUGAAAGCAAGACAGCGUGCGCAUCUUCUGCUGCAGCACCGUCUGCAAGUGCCGCAGCUGGUGGUCUCCGCGACGUUCUUAAUGAGAUCCGGACCAUGCUGCAAGUACAAGGCAAGCAGAUCGAGCAACUCACGUCGGAGGUGGCUCAGCUCAAAUCGAAACUCGGAGAGUAGGUACCUCCAGCGACUUGUGCGACCGCCACAAACGACAUUCCUCCACGACAGCCUUCAACUCAUCCAGAAGUGAUCAAGACGCCCUCCGUCUCACAUUUAGCUGGCAGAGUGAGCACCAUCUCGAGCAGAAUUGGUGCGAUGCAGUCGAAUGCCCAGCACGAUCGGUAUCGCUAUCACUUCAUACCAGAGCUACCAAAGCAGGCAAGAGCGACGUUUUGAUCAGGUAAAGAUGUCUUGUUUUAGCGACUUGUGUAAGAGAAAUAGAGAUGCUGUACGAAUCAACGGCCAUUCCAGUGAUGUCCUCGAUGCAAUCGUCAUAGAAAUUCCAUGCGCU